GAGGGCGCACUGCCCUGUGACGUCGCGAGCGAGCGAGGGACAGUAACGUUACCGAGAGCGCGAGGAAGCAGAGGGAGGCUCCGCGAGCCGUCGUCGUCCGUCGUCCGUGUGCAGCUACCGACUUUCUUUUUUGCCGGUAUUACAUCAUAUAUAUUCAGUCCUGACUGGCUUCCACAGAGGAUACUCUCAUGAGCCGUUUAAUUUCCAUCGAUAUUUGGUAUUUAUUUUUUACCUGCAAGUCUUUUAGGCGACGGAAUCAUGGCAAGUACGCUAGCGUCUGAUGUUCGCACGAUUAGCGAAAAACGACAGUCCGUCGGACGUUUGUAAACAACAGUGUGAACGUUUGCGUCUAACACAGCUUCUUUUUUUGCGUGUACGCUUUCUUGAUUUUGUUGUCUCUCGUUGUAAUCGAGCAAUACAUUUACGCGAAGCACAACUGUAUGUCUGGUUCUCUAAUUACUAUUAUUGUUUGUUCGUUUUAAAACAUUCGACUGUUAUUUGAUCACACGAAUAUUGAAAAGCAAUUGUAAUCUCGCACACAAGCGACGCACGCAAUAUUAAUCGUACAAGAGCAAUUUCACGCGCAGGCGGAUGAAGUUUAAUACGAAGCUGUGCGUAGUGAACGCCUAGCGCGAGCAAUUAAAAGAGCGUAUUUAUUUACCUGCCGUCUUACUAGCACGCACACGCUGGCUAUAUCGAGCAUCCCUCAAGGACCAUCUCCACAGACCGUUCCCAAAAGAGCCUGCACGACGCAGUGGAAGAAUGGCCCUCUCGUUUAUUCUGUCGCUUCUCCUUGGGUCUUUUUCCCUCGCCGUGGCCUCACGUAAUACGACCGCAGGUUGUGCUAUCAUUCGCCCACCAAGAGAUGGAGGAAUCAGAUACAGGGGUCUGACACAGGAACAGAUCCGCAGUGUUCAGGUGUUGCCGGUGGAUUAUGAAAUCGAGUAUAUCUGCAGAGGGAGCAGAGUGAUCGUGGGACCAAAGGUCAGGAAGUGUCUCCCUGACGGCACAUGGACUGACCUGAACCAGCGCAGUAAAUGCUUGCUGCCGUGUGCGCGGGUGUGGACGUCUCUGGAGAACGGCCGUGUGACAGUUCACCCUGCAGGCCCAGCGGUGGAGGGCACGAUACUGCACUACAGCUGUCUGGAGGGUUUCAUCCUGGUGGGCAGAAACAGCACUCAGUGCACUAAACUGGGCAAGUGGGACUCACCCAAACCUGUCUGCCACUAUGACAGACAUUAUACAGGCAAGAAGAAACUCUACAUCGGAGCCCUGUUCCCAAUGAGCGGCGGAUGGCCGGGUGGCCAAGCUUGUCUCCCUGCUGCCCAAAUGGCCCUGGAUCUGGUGAACAAGAGAACGGAUAUUCUUCCGGAUUAUGAGCUUGAAUUAAUCUACUAUGACAGUAUGUGUGAUCCUGGUGAGGCCACGAAGCUGCUGUAUGACCUGCUGUACACGGAGCCCAUAAAGAUUGUCCUGAUGCCAGGCUGCAGCUCUGUUUCCACACUGGUGGCUGAAGCCGCGCGCAUGUGGAACCUCAUAGUGUUGUCCUACGGAUCCAGUUCACCAGCACUCUCCAACCGUCAGCGUUUCCCCACCUUCUUCCGCACGCAUCCCUCAGCCACACUGCACAACCCCACCCGUGUACAACUCUUCCAGAAGUGGAAAUGGACCAAAAUCGCCACUAUCCAGCAGACCACCGAAGUCUUCACCUCUACUCUGGAUGAUCUAGAGCAGAGGGUGAAGGAGGCAGGCAUUGAGAUCAGCGUGAGGCAAAGUUUCCUCACGGAUCCUGCUGUGGCCGUCAAGAACCUCAAGCGGCAAGAUGCUCGCAUCAUUGUGGGCCUGUUUUACGAAACGGAAGCCAGGAAAGUGUUUUGUGAGGUCUAUAAGGAAAAGCUGUAUGGGAAAAAGUAUGUGUGGUUUCUGAUUGGCUGGUAUGCUGACAACUGGUUCAAGAUCAAAGAUCCAUCCAUCAACUGCACUGUGGAGCAGAUGACAGAAGCUGUGGAGGGUCAUGUGACCACUGAGAUAGUCAUGCUCAAUCCAGAGACGGUGCGAGGGGCCUCUAACCUGACCUCGCAGGAGUUCCUAGCACAGCUGAUGUCCAAGCUGGGUGGGAAGAAUCCAGAGGAAACCGGAGGGUUUCAGGAAGCUCCUCUGGCGUAUGAUGCGGUUUGGGCUCUGGCUCUGGCUCUCAAUAAGACAGUGGGGCCUUUGAAGGCAAAAGGACGGCGAUUGGAAGAUUUUAAUUACAAUAACAAGGACAUUACUGCGGAGAUCUACCGAGCCCUCAACACCAGCUCCUUCGAGGGAGUUUCGGGUCAUGUGGUGUUUGACGCCCAGGGUUCCAGAAUGGCAUGGACCCUCAUCGAACAGCUGCAAGGAGGAAGCUACAAGAAGAUUGGAUACUUCGAUAUGACCAAAGGCAAUCUCUCUUGGUAUGGGAAUGACAGGUGGAUAGGCUCUGAUCCACCUGCUGACCAGACGGUGGUGAUUCAGAAGUUCAGAUAUCUGUCACAAAAACUCUUCGUCUCUGUGUCUGUUUUCGCUGGCUUGGGCAUUUUAAUGGGGAUCGUUUGCCUCACCUUUAACAUCUACAACAGCAACGUCAGGUACAUUCAAAACUCCCAGCCGUACCUGAAUAACAUGACAGCAGUGGGCUGUAUGAUGGCUCUGGCUGCAGUUUUUCCUCUGGGAAUUGAUGGACUGCAUGUACGCAACUCUCAGUUUCCUGUGGUCUGUCAGUUCCGCUUGUGGCUGCUUGGACUUGGCUUCAGUUUGGCUUAUGGAAGUAUGUUCACAAAGAUCUGGUGGGUUCACACUGUGUUCACAAAGAAGGAUGAGAAGAAAGACAAGAGAAAGCAGCACCUGGAGCCCUGGAAGCUCUAUGCCACCGUGGGAGUCCUGCUGGUUAUCGACAUCCUGUCCCUUAUGGUUUGGCAGAUCGUGGAUCCCCUGCACAUCACAGUGGAGAAGUUCACUAAAGAAGCACCUAAAGGGGACGUGGAUGAGCUGAUCGAGCCUCUGCUGCAGCACUGCAGUUCAGAGAAGAUGAACACAUGGCUUGGUGUCGUUUAUGGCUAUAAGGGUUUGCUGCUCCUUCUGGGUAUUUUUCUGGCUUAUGAAACCAAAUCUGUGUCCACUGAAAAAAUAAACGAUCAUCGAGCUGUUGGGAUGGCCAUCUACAACGUCUCUGUGUUGUGUAUGAUAACGGCUCCCGUCACCAUGAUUCUGUCGUCUAAGCAGGACGCCUCGUUCGCCUUCGCCUCGCUGGCCAUCAUCUUCUCCGUCUACAUAACUCUGGUUGUCCUCUUCGUCCCUAAGAUGCGGAGGCUGAUCACUCGUGGUGAGUGGCAGUCGGACCAGCAGGAGACCAUGAAGACCGGCUCAUCCACAAACAACAACGAUGAAGAGAAAUCCCGCCAGCUGGAGAGAGAGAACAAAGAGCUGCAGAAGAUCAUCCAGGAGAAAGAGGAACGUGUCUCAGAGCUGAGAAACCAGCUGUCAGAGCGACAGGCCCUGCGCUCCAGGAAACGCCCCACCUCCUCCAAUCAGAACCACAGCUCUCCAUCUCUCCCCGCUCCUCAGAACGAUCCCAAAUCUCUCCUCCCGCCACCAGGAUACCCCCUCGCUGUCUCCGACAACCACUCCCUCCCUCCCACCCUCUACCAGCCCGACGGCAAGAUCAACCGCAACAGCUGCCACCCCGGCCGACUGCAGCUCCUCUACAAGUGAGCCUGGAGGAACUGGGAGGAAAUACACAUGGGGACAAGGCGAACUGAAAGGGGGGAGAAAAACAAGCUACCUUGAUUCUCGGCCCACAAUUUUCCCCAUCUCUGCCCAGCAGACGGCCUUGUUUGUUUCUUUUGUUUCUGACACUUGCUGUGAUUCAUGGGAGGUUAUACACAGGAGGCUUGAAAAUCUGGUUUUGAUUGCAUCAUUCGAUGCGUCACCGUAUUUGAAAACCACACAUGCUUUGAGCCAUUUCAAUGUUCAAAUGAGUAACCCUCAGCUGAUUUUGACUCGGAAAAUUGUGGACGAAUGAUGACAUGCUAAAAACGUCCUUACAAAAACAUCAUUAUUCCCUUAAAAUACUAAUAUUCUGGAAUCUAUGAAUAUUGUAAUGCCACAAUUUUUCAAUACGUUUUGCUUUUUUUAUUCAUAUUUCCUACAGUUCCUACAGUUCAAUCAGGUUGUCUGAAUAUAAGCCAUGACACUCCAAACCGACAUCGGCCAACGUCAAGCCAUCGUAGAGCAUCAGUCAGGCUAGUUUUUGUGGUGUGUUCAGCACCGACCUAUUGGGGGCUUUUUGGCCUAUUAAGCAUGUUGGAUCGACAUUCAUUGAGAGAGAACUCUGAUUUUACAGGCUGUUCGGUUUAACAAACAAAUGCAUGAGAAUAAAAGCAAAAGUCAUGAAUGCAAGCACAGAAGUCAAGACGGCACAGCCCGAAGACUGUUCUAAUUUUUUGUCAUCUGACCUGAACAUCCAAUAACCAAAUAUUUUCAUAUUUUUCAUCUGGAAAAAAAAAUUAUUCCUAUUUAAAAUGGCUUUGUUUACGGUUUGUAUAUACAAUAUGCAGUCUUAGUUCUGGUUUCCCUUUCUGAAUGACAAAUACAGACUAUUGAUACAUGCAGUUGUUUUCUCUCAUGUAGGCACAGAAUGUACCUGCUAGCUGGCUGUCGCCGUCGCAGUAUGUUCUAGUGCAACUUUUAGGCCAAACGCGUGAAGCGAGGCAACAACAGUCAGCUUUCGUUGCUGCUAGGUUGGUUUGGUGUGUCAAGGCCUUAAAGGGAUAGUUCAUCCAAAAAUGAAAAUUCAUUCAUGUCAUUAA